CUAGUCAUUUCAUUUGACAGUAAAAUCCUAAAGAAAAAAAUGAUGAAUAUAUUUCUCUUUGUCUUGUGUUUAGUGAUCAACGGUGGCAUUCAUAAAGUUCAUGGUAUUCAAAAUACAUUGAAAGAAGAUUUAGAGUUGGAAAGACAACAACAACUCAUUAACAAGCCUCAUAUCAAGAGUAUUCGGACAAAGUUUGGGGAGAUUAUUGAUUGCAUUGAUAUUAACAAGCAACCAGCAUUUGACCAUCCUUUACUAAAAAAUCAUAAGUUGCAGAGAAAGCCCAACUUUAAAAUAUCAAGUGUAAAAGAUUCAACGACUAGAUUUAUAUUUGGGCUGAAAAAAGAUCAAUACUGUCCAAGUGGAACCGUUCCUAUUCAAAGAAUAACAAAAGGGGAUUUGAUUGGAGACAAAUUAUUAAAUAGUCACACCCUAACUCAAAGCACUCCUGGUGAUCAUUUUGCAGAAGUAUCUCUUGUACCAGGUUUAGGUCCUUAUUAUGGAGUUAGUGGUUCAUUAAGCGUUUAUAAUCCAAAAGUUGAGAAGGAUCAAAUCAGCGCUUCUACUUUAUGGGUUCAAAAUGGAGAUGCGAAUAGAAUCGAGUUUGGAUGGCAUGUGAAUCCAAGUUUAUAUGGCGAUGAUACAACUUAUAUUUACUCACGUUGGACGAGAGAUAACUACAAGCAAACAGGAUGUUUCAACAUGCAAUGUCCAGGUUUUGUUCAAACUCACAAAGGAAUCUAUCUUGGUACACGAGUGGACAAUACAUCCAUCUAUGGUGGAACGAUUGUUGAGGCUAAUGUUUCUAUUGCCCAGGACCCAAUUACCAAGAGUUGGUGGUUAAGUUUGGAAAGUACAACUAUUGGAUAUUUUCCUAUAGCAUUGUUCUCCAACUUGACUUCGGCCGAGCAAGGGGGGUGGGGUGGGAGAACACAUGCUCCUCCUGGUGCUCCUAGUCCUCCAAUGGGAUCUGGUUAUUUUCCUGAUGAUAACUUAGUUCAUGCAUGCUAUUUUAGGCAGGUCUCAUUCAAGAAUGGAUCAAUACAAGACUAUGGACCUGAGGAAUAUCAUGUACACACAAACACCGAUAACCCUAGUUGUUUUGGUGUUGAAUAUUAUGGAGAUCAAGGAAGACAAGCCGGGUAUUCUCUCCAAUUUGGAGGACCUGGGGGCAAUUACAGACGCUUCCAUGGAGUACGCAACACGUCCGGCGUGGCGCACGAGGGAGCAGCAAGAAAAAAAAUGAUGAAUAUAUUUCUCUUUGUAUUGUGUUUAGUGAUCAACAAUGAUAUCCAUAUAGUUCAUGGUAUUCAAAAUACAUUGCAAGAAGAUUUGGAGUUGGAAAGACAACUCCAACUCAUUAACAAGCCUCAUAUCAAGAGUAUUCGGACAAAGUUUGGAGAUAUUAUUGACUGCAUUGAUAUUAACAAGCAACCAGCAUUUGACCACCCUUUACUAAAAAAUCAUAAGUUGCAGAGAAAGCCCAACUUUAAAACAUCAAGUGUAAAAAAUUCAUGGGCUAGACUUAUAUUUGGACUUGAGAAACAUCAAUACUGUCCAACCGGAACCGUUCCUAUUCAGACAAUAACAAAAGAUGAUCUCAUUCGAGAUAAAUUAUUAAAUAGUCACACCUCAACUCAAAGCACUCCUGGUGAUCAUUUUGCAGAAGUAUCUCUUGUACCAGGUUUAGGUCCUUAUUAUGGAGUUAGUGGUUCAUUAAGCAUUUAUAAUCCAAAAGUUGAGAAGGAUCAAAGCAGCGCUUCUGUUUUAUGGGUUCGGAAUGAAGAUGCGAAUAGAAUCGUGCUUGGAUGGCAUGUGAAUCCAAGUUUAUACGGUGAUGAUGCAACUCAUAUUUACUCACGUUGGACGAGAGAUAACUACGAGAAAACAGGAUGUUUCAACAUGCAAUGUCCAGGUUUUGUUCAAACUAACAAAAGAAUUUACCUUGGUACACGAGUGGACAUUACAUCCAUCUAUGGUGGAAGGACCAUUGAGACUAAUGUUUCUAUUACCCAGGAUCCAAUUACCAAAAAUUGGUGGUUAAAUAUAGAAAAUACAAAUAUUGGAUAUUUUCCUAUAGCAUUGUUCUCCAACAUGGCUUCAGCCCAACAAGGGGGGUGGGGUGGGAAAACACAUGCUCCUCCUGGUGCUCCUAGUCCUCCAAUGGGAUCUGGUUAUUUUCCGGAUAAGAGUUUUAUUCACGCAUGCUAUUUUAGGGAUGUCUCAUUCAAGAAUGGAUCAACACAAAAUUAUGGAUCUGAGGAAUAUCAUGUAAACACAGAGACUGAUAAGCCUAGUUGUUUUGGUGUUAAAUACUAUGGAAAUCAAGGAAGACAAUUAGGGUAUUCUCUCCAAUUUGGAGGACCCGGUGGCAAUUGUGGCAAUUAAUUUUUUUUUCAAUUAAACUAUGUAAGAAGUUUUUUCUAUCCUUCUUUAUUUCAUGUAAGCAACUUUCCUAAAGCAAUAAAUUAUCAUAUGAAGGUUAUAUAAA